AUGCUUGAUUUUUUGACUAUUUUCAACCCGAAAUUUAGUAAAGAUGAGUUUGACACUCACAAACAACUACUUCUUUACCACACAUUUCAAGAGGGCCAGGAGUAUUCUAGCAAUGAAAAACUUUCUCAGAUCGGUAUAAUUCAGGCGGUGUGGUCUUUUUCAAAGUCGUUCGAGAACUCAAACGGUGUCGAAAGAAAUGUAAUAGGAUUGGAAGAUAAAAAGAUCUACAGCCUGCUGGUUGAGGGAGAAUUCUUUGUGAGUCUGGCUUGUUCGAGUAGCGAGAAGGAAAUGGUUGGGGUCGAAAAUCAUUACUUCUCGAAUUUGUGUCGCUGUUAUGAUACUUUUGUCCUUCAUCAUGGGUUAUGGAAAUCUUUUGCAAAUCAGCAUGACCUGACGGAUCGCUUAAAUGAGCAUUUCAUACCUUUCUGGAAAGAUGUGGAUCUGCUCCCACACUUGCUUAUUUCGAAUGGACUCCUCGAUUUUUGGUCGUCUGGGUUCAAGGUUGCGGAUCUCGCAGACUGCGAAAAUGCAUCCAAAUGGGAAACUGACAUGACCCAGCAAGUUCUUCUCGAUGACACGAGUUUUCUGGGGCUCAAAGAUGCUUUGAUAUAUCAUCUACCUCCUCAAACUGCUCACAAGGGCUUUAAAAACUACGGGUUUGUUCGGAACUUUACCACAGAUUUUGACUCCUUACCCCAAAUUUCGAACUGGAUUCAUCAAAUGAAUACGGUAUAUGGGCGUCUCUCCAGCCAUGUCAUUGCGGGCAAUGCACAUCUCAAAGGAGUCGCCGUUGAGGAAGGCGAGGAAGACGACCAUGGUGCGAACGUAUCCCCCGCCGAUCUCCAGACCUCCAUCAUCAGCCAUAGUAAAAAUGUUUUGCAUAAUUUGACACUUCCGAUAUCAUUUGCGUACGAUACCAUACAAGAGGUGGGUAAUAUGACCGGGGUUUCUAAUAGCAUGUCACUUUUGACAAGCUACAUUCCAGACUGGUCUUGGUAUUCACAGUCUUCCGGUUCAGCAAGCGGUUUUAAAUCAAGAAGCGGAUUUUUGAUUUCACCUUUGUCACCAGCAUUUCUUCCAGACUCAUACAAAGUCAAACAGCUGCAUUUAUCGUUUCACGGUCAGAGUGAUAUAUACAACACCAUCUUUUGGUACUACGACGACAUUCUGGUAGUUCUCAUCUUCAAACCUGAUUUUGCAAAAAUACGAGACAGAGAAUACUUGAAUGACCUCAGUUACAAGUUGAGCUUGAUUUCGAAAGAACUUUACGAAACGCAAUUGAUUCCGGAUACUAGCCACACAGAUGAUUUCUGCUAUGCGCUUUACACAAAAUCGUCCUCUCAGAUUCGGUCUUCUUUUCCCCUGUGUCAAAUGAGUGAUUCAGAGGACGCCUCUGCACUAGAGCUGGCGGUGAACGGACUUGAUCAAUUUCUGACUGCUAGCAUCAACAGAAAAUCGUCGGUAGCCACGAUAACGGUUGAUCAUACGCCGUUUGCAGCGGAGGACGAUGGAACCGGAAGCGCAUGGGGCCUAGGAUUGAUGGGUCAAUUUCUCCAGCCCCGUAAACCAAACGAUAACAAAAAAACAGUUGCGGACACUUUUCUUGACAGCAUGCCCUUUGAGAAAUUAUCUCAGCUGCAUCAAGAUGUUAUGCUGUUUCUACAUGCGCUGAGAACGACGAAAAAGGCCUCGGACGUGAGGGAAGAAAAGCUGAUAAGACUAAACAAUGGAGUUUUGUGUUUCAUUUCCGAGGACAUUGAGAAGGUCGCCGUUGUUGUGGAAAACUGGUUUAAUCCUAAGCAUAAAUUCAAACCAAAUUCGUGUGAAAGUUCUGGCCUUAUUGAUCAGAUGAAACUCGAAGCGCGAAAAUGGUACAACAAUAACGCCUCCUGA